CUGCUUCUUACUUACUUGUUUCAGAGUUACUUCUAGGAAGUCAAGCCAAAGAAUCACUCAAAAAGUAAAUGUUGUAGACGUUCACUGCCUGUGUGACAGCGCGUGAGUGUGCAUGUGUAUGAGUUGGAAGUGUUUAUUUUCCAUCAUGACUGUGAGAUCAAGGAGAUUCUCCCUGGACAGCUCUAUCUGUCUGGACAGAGUCGGAGUCCUUGACAGCAGAAGAAGCAGCAGCAGGUUUAGCAUUAAGAAACCUGGAGAAUGUCCCAGUCUGGACGAUGCCCGGCUGGAGAUCCAGGAGCUAAAUCACAGCCUCACCUCCAGCAUGUCCGCCAAGAAGCAGACCAUAGCAGAGGAGAACAUUAAGCGUUCAGAUGGGCUCAUCCAUAAAAAUAGCUUCCUAAAGCACAGCAGAACCUUCCACAAACUGUUCCAAGAUAUUCCUGUCGGGGAGAACCUCACACACACGUUUACCUGUGCCUUGCAGAAGGAGGUACCGUAUCACGGAAAGCUCUUUGUUUCUGAGAACUUUGUGUGUUUCCACUCGUCAGUGCUGCUCAAAGACACCAAGGUGGUGAUUCCUGCGUCCAGCGUCCAGGGGGUGAAGAAACAUAACUCUACUUUAUCUAUGUUGUCUAUUCAAACUGCUGAUGGAGAGAAGCACACGUUUGUGUCUUUGAGGCACCGCGAGCUGUGUUAUAAACUCCUCCAAACGGUCUGCUCACAUGUGCAGGAGACGGCCGUCAACAGCAGCCCUCACGUGUCCUCGGCAGAGAAUGAAGCUGAUCAUGACGUGCACUCCAGUUAUUCCAGUUUGGAGGACUGUGGAGACCGUGACCUCGGCAAAGGGAACGGCAUUUAUCUUGACAACAGCUUUCCUCAGAUGUCCAGUGAAGCCCCUACGAGACGCAAUUCCACCAUUCAAAACACAGACGGAGACAACCAAGCUGUAUCCUGGAUUUGGAGAAUCACUGAGAGGGUCUCACCGCUCUUCUUGCUCAGAGAAUUGAGGAAUCUCAGCACUCUCUUCUACGUCUACAUGAUGCUGACGGUGCUGCUCCUGUUGGCGUCCGGGUACAUGGGGCUGAGGAUCAUCGCCCUGGAGGAGCAACUGAGCGAGUUGUCUGUACAACACAGAGAGUACCAACAGGUGUAGCCAGUGGCAGAGAGAGGGCUGUGACAAACAAAUCCUGUGAGGAACUAAUGCGGCACACCGUCCUAUUAGGACCCUGUACAUUGAUCCCGGUCUAGACGGGCUCCCAAAAGCAUCUCCGCAGUGGCACUCGGCCCAUUUCACACACAGCAUAUCUUUCUGUUAAAUUUACAACAUUGUGCACAAACGGGUUCUCUCACAGUAGAGAUCGAUCUCCUGUGUUAGUGCCCUCUCUCUGCAGGAUGCAGGUCAGCCAUACGAUGCUUUUUGGAUGUCUGAACCAGGCCAAACAUGGUGAACUCCUCGGAUGACUGACUGCAUUGGCAGAGAAGUAACAGCACAUUAUUUAUUUGGAGCACAUUCAUUCUCUGCUGACAAAUGCAAUAUUGCGGCGAGGAUCUCGUGGACUGAGCCAUAUGGAGGCGGCCUGCUGAAGCCAUGUUUAUUUCCUUGGCCGGUGAACAGCUGAGCUCAGCAAGCUGAGUUUGCUGGUGUCUUGGCCGUCGUUAUCUUGGAUCGACACAACCUGCGACAGCGAGAACGCACACAAAGUGAUAAGCGCUUAAUUCACAUUUUCUGCAUAAACUGCUGGAAUGUCGUAACAUGUUUUAGGAAUAAGACUGUGACAGUAGACAGCCAGCAGAGGGCAGACACUCCCAUUAAACACUGUUACCGAGCAGGAUCCACUUGCACUUAUGCUUAUGCAUGAAGUAUGUCUAAUGUGUCAACAAACUGUAACUGUAGAUAAGAGAUAGUACAUUUGCCUUAACAUUGUGUGAAUUAAAAAAAAACGUUACGUGCACUAUUAUUAAAUUCCAGGAAGUAUCCAGUGUUUAUAGCUGUAUGAACUCUGAACAUUAUCGGCAUCCUUGCAGCCAAUCUUGGAAGAGACUUUGUAUGAUUUUCUAUAGUCUCCAAAAUCCAUCUACACCGGUGUACCAAAUGAUGUCAUCCAAAUGGUAAAUCAUUAUGUACAUAAUUAUACAUACGCUAUCUACCAAAUAUCCAUUCUUAUUAACUUGUGCAAUGUACAAAAAAUGCAACGAAUAUAAAAUAAAAUAAACAAUAGUCAGUGUAA